AUGGUUAUGAUUCCGGAGUCUGACCUCAAGACGAGCUUGGGCGCCCUCAUCAUCGGAGGGAUGGUCUGCACGGGAUUGUCAGGCGUCGUUGCAAUGCAGACCGUCCUGUACUUUCGACUCUUCACGCGCGAUAAGUUCUCGACCAAGUUCCAGGUGCACUUUCUACACUCGGUGAUGAUAGCUGCGGCAAACUACAUGUAUUUUGUGGACAAUUUUGGGAAUACAGAGAUUACGGAUCGUGUUUUUUGGUUCUUCGCUCUGCGAUUGUUCAAGCUGAGCAAGGGUAACUAUUGGGUUACGGUACCCAUUGUCAUUCUCGCCGUAGCACGCGUAGGUGCGAUCCAUUUGGGGAGUUUCCACGAGUUCGGGGAGCGCUUCCGAUGGGUGUUCACUCUUGGACUCGUCCUCUCGUCCGUCGUCGACUUCUUGAUCACCGGCGGUCUUUGCUACUACCUACGCAGAAAUCGUACCGGCACCGGCAGAUUCGAUCACGUCCUUGAUUCCGUCACGCUAUACACCGUCGAGAACGGUUUACUUACCUCAGUGACCACGCUUGUCUCCCUCAUCUUCUGGCUCGUGAGGCCUCAUGUCCUGAUCUAUCUCGGGCUUCACUUCGCCAUCAGCAAGCUCUACGCAAACUCGUUCCUCGCAUCGAUGAACGCACGCAAGAUCCUGAGGGCGCAGUCCGAGUCGCACUCUGGCGGCGGGAGUGCCCACCGCCUGCCUGUGAUAUUCGCAAGCCGCGCCAUGCGCCAUUCGAACGCGGACCAGCUGAACCUUGGCACGCGGGUGCAGAUCACUGUGGACAAGACCGUGGACUACGCCACGGACGACGUCCCUGACAGCCUGAGCGUCACGACAGAUCUGAAGAACCGCGCUACGCCCUCUGUCUGA